AUGCCCAGCCAGCCUCCCACCCCACCUCCUCUGCCCCCACAACCAGAUCGCCACCGAAAGCGUGAACAGCCACCAUCACCCUACCUGGCAAAGUUGGCAUCUGCACCUGACGAUUGGCUCUCACAGCCUAUCGAGGUCGCCGAGCCAACGCCAUACAAGUACGAGCCGAUUUAUUACUUCUUUUACGGAACCCUGAUGCGCCCCGACAUUAUCAAAGGAGUGCUUGACCUCGACGCUGACCCGGUGCUGCGAGAGGCUAAGGUUGUCGGCUACUCUCUAUCUUCAUGGGGUCAGUACAAGGCUCUCGUUGACGGCGAAUCCGGUGAAGAGGUUUUGGGCUGUGCAUUCAAAGUCCAAUCGCCAGAGCACGAGUUCAAGCUUGCCUACUACGAGGGGAACGCGUACGAGCUUGCGCCGUGCUUGAUACAAUUCGCGGAUGGUAAAGAACCCGCCCAAGGCAAGACCUUUACGUACGCCGGGGAUUCUCAGGCGUUGAAAGACGGGCGGUUUGAUUACAAGUUGUGGGAACUUCAGAUGGGCAUGCGCCUGCCGCCUAAAUGGCAACGAGAAGAAAGUGAAGGGGAGGGGAUAUUGAAGAGAUAA